CUGCCAGCCACGUGUCCCCCUCGCCCCAACCCCUACAAAACUACGUCGUUGCCUCGGCGUUUUGCUUCAAAACUGCGCAAAAGCUCUCUCGAGUCUUUCACAAACAAAAAGGAAAACCGAAGAAUAAUCGGGGUCUCGUUCUCUUUGUCACAGAGAAUAAUCUUUUUGAUGCCUUACAGACGAAGAGAUAUUAAUUCCCAAUAAUUUACGCCAAAAUCGAUCUCUUCAGGGAUAGUAAGCUAAUGGCAACUGCAACUAUGGCCACCGCAGCCGGUGCAGCUGCCUUGUUGUAUUAUACAUUGAACCGUAAGUUACAGUCCCCCACAACUGGCGGUGAUGAUGACGAAAAUGGGGAUGAUAGUGUGCCAAAUCAGGGUCCUUUGGGAAUUGAACGGGUUUCGCAUAGGUUAAUUCAAGCCCCGGCUACAUGGUUGGAGACCAUCUCGACCUUGUCAGAGACUCUUAGGUUUACUUACUCCGAGACUUUGGGGAAGUGGCCUAUAGGGGAUUUGGCAUUUGGAAUCAACUUUCUUCUGAAGAGGCAGGGAAACUUGAAUGUUGAUGGUGUAUUUGGUGGAAUAGACAGUCAACAGCUAAAAGGAUCUCAAAUAAUUGCUGAACUCAAAUACCUCUUAAACUUGCUGACACUGUGUUGGCAUUUUUCAAAGAAACCUUUUCCUUUGUUUUUAGAGGAGACGGGCUAUUCCGUAGAGAAUGUUCUUCUUCAGGAACCCAAAGCAGGAAUCUUGAAGCCUGCUUUUACAAUUCUUGUUGAUCAUAAUGAAAAAUGUUUUCUCUUGCUGAUUCGUGGAACCCAUAGUAUUAAGGACACUCUGACGGCUGCAACGGGAGCUGUUGUACCAUUCCAUCACAGUGUUGUACAUGAGGGAGGAGUCAGUAAUUUAGUUUUGGGUUAUGCGCAUUGUGGAAUGGUUGCUGCUGCUAGAUGGAUUGCUAAGCUUGCGAAACCCUGCCUUCUAGAAGCACUUGACCAAUAUCCUGGUUAUGAACUUAAGAUUGUAGGGCAUUCUUUGGGUGGAGGCACAGCAGCACUUCUAACAUAUAUAUUGCGAGAGCAGAAAGAACUUUCAACAACCACCUGUGUGACAUUUGCUCCAGCUGCCUGCAUGACAUGGGAGUUGGCAGAAUCAGGUGGUGAUUUUAUUACUUCCGUUAUUAAUGGAGCUGACUUGGUGCCCACAUUCUCUGCUGCAUCGGUGGAUGAUUUACGUGCUGAGGUGACAGCAUCUGCUUGGUUGAAUGAUUUGAGAAAUCAGAUCGAGCAGACAAGAAUCCUUAGCACUGUCUAUCGUUCUGCCUCAGCUUUGGGUUCGCGGCUUCCGUCCAUUGCCAGUGCUAAAGCAAAAGUUGCUGGGGCAGGGGCAAUUCUGCGCCCUGUUUCCAAUGGCACACAGGUUGUUAUGAGAAGAGCCCAGAGCAUGGCUCAAGCAGCAUGGACUCGUCCUUCACUUAAUUUGUCGUCAUGGUCGUGCAUGGCCCCUCGUCACCGAGCCUCAGCUGUUCAUUCAAACUCAAAUGAUGAGGGAAGUUCUCCAGGAUCCUCUGGCAGAAACAAAGAGACUUCUGAGCCUCUCCUUACAUCCCCAAAGAGAAUGACAAGCUCAACUGGCAUUGAAACCAUUGAUCUUCCUGUAUCUUCAUCUGUAGGAAUGGAAUGGACUUCAGAGGUUGGUUGUUCUUAUUCUGAUGGAAUGCGUCCAGGCACUGAUGGUGAUGUCGGUAAUGAAGGUGAGAGGCUUAUGGACCGUGAUGGACAUGAAGACCGCAUGACCGAAGUUGAAUUGUGGCAGCACCUUGAGCAUGAGCUUUAUGAUAGAACAGAAAGUGAGGAGGCUGAUGUGGCAACUGAAAUAAGGAAUGUGGAAAAUGAAAUAAGGGAAGAGGAAGAAGCGGCAAUUGCAGAGGUAAGUGAUGGUCAGCCAGAGAGCUCUGCCCCUGAUAUGAAGGAAGCACACAGAUUUUUUCCUGCUGGGAAAAUCAUGCAUAUUGUUAUGCUUCACCAUGGUGGGCCUGAGUGUGAAAGUGGUAGCCCUAGCUCAAGUGCAUCGGGUAAUGAGCAGCCAGAAGAGACUAGGGUUGGUAUUUUCCUCACUCCAAGAUCUCUGUACAGUAAGCUGAGGUUGUCACAAACCAUGAUUAGUGAUCACUUCAUGCCAGUUUAUAGAAGACAGAUUGAAAAACUAAUUAAAGAACUCGAGGAAGAAAUAGCUUCAACUGGAGAUGUAGUGUUAUAGGGAGAGGGAGAUUGGAAUUAUACUGUGUAUAUGCAUUGCACCGGACUUGGAAUUUUGACCCCAUUGAUUUUGAAUCUGAGCUGCAUAGAGACGUUAACCAUCUUUCAUUUCUUUGCCGCAGUGUAGGAAGAACGGUGAUAGCGUGGCGCAGUCUAGGGAUAAAAACAUUCAUUUGGCUGCCUCUUUAUCACUUAAACCUGUAUACAGUUUCCAAAAUCCUCGUCUUCUGUAAAUUGGUUCAUUUUUUCUUUUAAUUAGUUGGCAGGCAAGUUUUAGUAUUUCUCUGUUGAACUUGUGGAUUAUAACAUGUCCUCUUUGUGGUUGCCCUGUUGGGCUUACUUAUUUUCAGCCAGGGAAACGCACUCAGAGGUUUA